AGGGCUCCAUUCUGGCUUCACAAAGGCUGCAUUGUCCAACUCGUGAAUGGGUUCCUUCUGCUUGGACCAAGAGGACCGUUUGCAGGGGGGAGGCAUCCAGAAAGAGCCCAAGGUCCAGCAUAAUAACCUGCAUGUGCCUCCACGCACAUGGGAUGGCCCUUUAAAAGGGAGGGCCUGGCUGCGGGAAGCCAGAGACAGCUGGGCCACUGGCAGGAGGGAGAGUGAAGAUGGCAGAGACCAGUGCCCUGCCCACCGGCUUUGGGGAGCUCGAGGUGCUGGCUGUGGGGAUGGUGCUGCUGGUGGAAGCUCUCUCCGGUCUCAGCCUCAAUACCCUGACCAUCUUCUCUUUCUGCAAGACCCCGGAGCUGCGGACUCCCUGCCACCUGCUAGUGCUGAGCUUGGCUCUUGCGGACAGUGGGAUCAGCCUGAACGCCCUCAUUGCAGCCACAUCCAGCCUUCUCCGGCGCUGGCCCUACGGCUCGGAUGGCUGCCAGGCUCAUGGCUUCCAGGGCUUUGUGACAGCGUUGGCCAGCAUCUGCAGCAGUGCAGCUAUCGCCUGGGGGCGCUAUCACCACUACUGCACCCAAACUUCACCAGCUUCCUCUUCACCAUGUCCUUCUUCAACUUCGCCAUGCCCCUCUUCAUCACGAUCACAUCCUACAGUCUCAUGGAGCAGAAACUGGGGAAGAGCGGUCAUCUCCAGGUAAACACCACUCUGCCAGCAAGGACGCUGCUGCUCGGCUGGGGCCCCUAUGCCAUCCUGUAUCUAUACGCCGUCAUCGCAGAUGUGACUUCCAUCUCCCCCAAACUGCAGAUGGUGCCCGCCCUCAUUGCCAAAAUGGUGCCCACGAUCAAUGCCAUCAACUAUGCCCUGGGCAAUGAGAUGGUCUGCAGGGGGAUCUGGCAGUGCCUCUCACCGCAGAAGAGCGAGAAGGACCGAGCCAAGUGAGCCUACCAUCCUGGACUGAGCCCCAGGCUGGGAGGCUGCCCCAGGAGUCCGGCCCAGCAGCCUCAGCGGCCAAGCCCAGACACUCACCUACCUUCCCCAGUGGCCCCGUGGAGCCUGGCCCUAGGCUGGACACAAGGAUUCAGAAAGACAACAGGCUGCACAGAAAGAGCCAGAUGGACCUGAGUGUCGGUCAUAGCCCUCUACACUCGAGACUGAGAGUCUUCAGGAAAGUCACUCCUUUUAAAAAAUAAUAAUAAAUUUAAGGGGGUACAUUGCAGUUUUGUUACAUGGAUAGAUUGCUUAGUGGUGAAGUCUGGGCUUUUAGUGUAACCAUCACCCUAAUAAUAUACAUCGUACCCAUUAA